AUGAGAGCUGGUCUACAGCGCUGCUGUGUACUGACAGCCUAUCCACGGGCGUCGUUACAGAGGAAGCAUCCGACAAUACUGGUGAUCUGUGGGCAGGAGCAGAAUGGGGCUGUCGGCCUGGUGUGUGCCCGGCACCUCCGCACGUUCGGUUACGAACCGACCGUCUACUACCCCAAACGCUCCUGCAAGUCCCUCUUCCUGGACUUCACCAUUCAAUGCGAGAAGCUGGACAUUCCGUUUCUCUCCUACCUUCCAAAUGAGGUGCAGCUGAUAAAUGAUGCCUAUAACUUGAUCAUUGAUGCCGUGCUGGGUCUGUCUGAUGAGCUGGGGCUGAAGGAGCUGUAUUGCAAUAUCCUCUCUACAAUGAAACAUGUGAAAAUACCUGUAAUCAGCAUCGAUGUCCCUUCAGGUUGGGACGCGGAGAAGGGCAAAGGUGAUGGCAUCAGUCCCGAGGCCCUCAUCUCCCUGGCCGUGCCCAAGAAGUGCGCCACGCAGUUUUCCGGCAAGUACCAUUUCCUGGCGGGCCGCUACCUGCCCUACGACUUGCAGAGGAAAUACGACCUGAAUCUCCCCGACUACCCGGGAACUGACUGCAUCGUACAGCUCUAGGGGCUCGCACCCAAAGUGGCCGAUCAAACCCCAGAGAGGACUGGCCCCCAACUGGAAGCUUGCCCCGGGGAAGGGUGGUCUUCACUCUCGUCUCCGACACACGAUGGGAGAUGCACUCUCCAAGAAUCCCACUGCUUGCUCAUGCCACCCCUUCCAACGGAACGUACCACGGAAAAUGCAUCUCCUCAGGAAGUGGUUUGGGCUGUGAACCCGACCAGCACCGUCCUAUUUAUCUUCAGAUUAUCUGUGUGUUGUGAAUUGUAAUGGUUUAUUUCCUUUAUUUCCUGAAUGAUCUUUAGGUAAAGUCAAGAGACAUUAACCCUCAGACCAGGCCACAGUUUAGUGUAUCUCUUGGUGAUCUUUAUAUCUGUGCAUUUAGCUCCUGUCCAUGCCCAUGUUACAGGGCAUUUCAUGUAACUGUAACAUUAGACUUUAGACUUUAGAACUACAGGCCCUUUGGCCCACCGUGUCCGCGCUGACCAGCGAUCGCCCCGUACACUAGCGCUAUCCUACCCACGCGGGGCAAUUUACAAUUUGCAAGAACCAAUUAACCUACAAACCCGCACGUGUUUGGAGUGUGGGAGGAAACCGGAGCGCCCGGAGAAAACCCACGCCAUCACAGGGAGAACGUACAAACUCCCUACAGACAGGAUGGGACCUGGGUCUCUGGCGCUGUGAGGCUGCAACACCACCGCUGCACCAGCUUGCCGCCCCUUUACAUAAUCCCAGCGGGUUCCAACCUGUUUCAUUUCUGGAGGUGGAAGUGGGGGAUGGGAUUGUAGAUUAUUAGUUCAGUUUAGUUUAUUGUCACGUGUACCGAGGUCCAGUGAAAAGCUUUAUUGCUUGCUGACCAGUGAGUAACGAUAAACCUGACUGGACUGAACUAAGACAUUCCGUAUCAGUAAUUAGGACACUAGAUGGAAGGAAAGGAAUAACUAGAUUGGGGAAUAUAUGGAUGUAACUAGAUCCCCCCACCCCCACCCUCUCCCCAUCCCAUCUAAAGACAUUUAAUCUGAUGUUAAUUUUAGAUUUUCUGCUAUUCUGAGUCUCACAUUUAUAACAGCAAAUAAUGUAUGUAAUACGUCACGUUGUAAUUACACACUCCCACUGGAGGUGGCGCUGCGAUUACAAUUUGACAAGUUGUUGGAGGAAGACAGACUGAAGAAGGGUCUCGACCCGAAAGGUCACCCGUUCCUUCUCUCCAGAGAUGCUGCCUGUCCCGCUGAGUUACUCCAGCAUUCCGUUUCUCUCUUCGGUUUAAACCAGCAUCUGCAGUUCCUUGGUAGACCCGAAAAGCUGGAGUAACUCAGCGGGGCAGGCAGCAUCCCUGCAGAGAAGGAAUGGUGUCCCUUCCUACACAAGUUGUUAGAGGAUUUCUCUUAUAAGUGUGAGCACAGGAUUGCAUUCUGCAGAGGAUAGGGUGUGCUGUAAAAUUUUGAAUAUAUUACACAUAUUUAACGUAACAAUAUAUAUAUAUAUAUAAUAUUUGCUUUUUUGCAUUAUCGAUGGUAUGUUUUGAUGCUGGGCAGAGUUUAUUCAGCAGUAUGAGGUGGCAGAUAUGGACACACUGUUCUAUAUCUCUUCCACAGAUUAAUACAUUAGCCUAUGUCAGACCGGGUUCAACUUUUUACUUUGCAUUAGAGACUAAGAGACUUGGAAGCUGGCCUUACGACACACAACCCAAAGGUCACAUCAACAGGCCUGAAGGGAGAGUGGAGAGACAGUUUGAAGAAAGGUCUCGACCUGAAACAUCGCCCAUUCCUUUUCUCCAGAGAUGCUGCCUCACCCGCUGAGCUACUCCAGCAUUUUGUCUCUACCCUCCGAGAGUUUUCCCACACUGACCCCUCUGUCCUGGGCCUCCUCCACUGUCAGAGUGAGGCCCAGCGCAAGUUGGAGGAACAGCACCUCAUAUUUCGCUUGGGCAUCUUACACCCCAGCGGUAUGGACAUUGACUUCUCUAACAUCAAUUAACCCUUGCUUUCCCUCUCUCUCCAUCCCUCCCCCUUCCCAGUUCUCCCACCAGUCUGACUGUCCCUGAUUACAUUUUUAUCUCUGUUUGAGUUGUUGUCACCUUCUCCUCGAUAACAAUGAUCUAUUUUACAUCCUCCUUGAGCUUCAUCCCCUUUCAUGUCUCGUUUUCACACUUUACCUUUCCUUAUCUCUGUUCCACCCAUUCCUUUUCUCCAGAGAUGCUGCCUGUCCCGCUGAGUUACUCCAGCAUUUUGUGUCUAUCUUGAGUUUUAAUUGAUAUCUGAGUUGAAGAGUCUGAUGGGACAAUGUUGGGACAAGCCCAGUUCCGUGUCUCAUCCAUGGUGUCCCUUCCGUCACUGACCGAUGGAAGAGUGAUGAUGAACUCGACUUUGUAUCUGGCCUCGCUGCCAUGGGAAUCUUUGAGGAAACCCUUCAAUGGAGCUUCAUUCGUCACAAACGCAACUGCAGAGUGAAAUUCUUUAUGCAUAUAUUACACAGAGCGUCAUAGAAUGAUACAGCAUGGAAACAGGCCCUUCGGCCCAACCUGUCCACACCGGCCAACAAUGUCCCAUCCACACUAGUCCCACUUGCCUGCGCCUGUUCCAUAUCCACUUAAACCUGUCCUAUCCACGUACCUGUCCAAAUGUUUCUUGAAUGAUAGACAAUAGACGCAGCAGUAGGCCAUUCGGCCCUUCGAGCCAGCA